CACAGGCGCAGAAGAGAUUGCUCCUCCUUCCACUGUAAAGCUGAUUCUUCAGAUAAACAAGAGCCAUUCCCAGACAUUAGCACAGCACCAGACACAAUCAGGAUGGAUCUCGGGUGCACUAUGGGACUGCAUAACACUCUUUUUGUGAUGGCCCUCCUGCUCUCUGGUGUUGCUUCCAUGAAGAGUCAAGCAUAUUUCAACAAGACUGGAGAACUGCCAUGCCAUUUUACAAACUCUCAAAACAUAAGCCUGGAUGAGUUGGUAGUAUUUUGGCAGGACCAGGAUAAGCUUGUUCUGUAUGACCUAUUCAGAGGCAAAGAGAACCCUCAAAAUGUUCAUCUCAAAUAUAAGGGACGCACAAGCUUUGACAAGGACAACUGGACUCUGAGACUCCACAAUGUUCAGAUCAAGGACAAGGGCACAUAUCACUGUUUCAUUCAUCAUAAAGGGCCCAAAGGACUGGUUUCCAUACACCAAAUGAGUUCUGACCUAUCAGUGCUUGCUAACUUCAGUCAACCUGAAAUAAUGGUAACUUCUAAUAGAACAGAAAAUUCUGGCAUCAUUAAUUUGACCUGCUCAUCUAUACAAGGUUACCCAGAACCCAAGGAGAUGUAUUUUCAGCUAAACACUGAGAAUUCAACUACGAAGUAUGAUACUGUCAUGAAGAAAUCUCAAAAUAAUGUGACAGAACUAUACAACAUUUCUGUCAACUUGUCUUUCUCAGUCCCUGAAGCACACAGUGUGACCGUCUUCUGUGCCCUGAAAUUGGAGACACAGGAGAUACUGCUCUCCCUACCUUUCAAUAUAGAUGCACAACCUAAGGAACAAGACCCUAAACAAGGCCACUUCCUCUGGAUUGCGGCUAUACUUGUAAUGUUUGUCGUUUUUUGUGGGAUGAUGUCCUUUAAAACACUAAGGAAAAGGAAGAAGAAGCAGCCUGGCCCCUCUCGUGAAUGUGAAACCAUCAAAAUGAAGAGAAAAGAGAGUGAACAGACCAACGAAAGAGUACAAUACCAUGCACCUGAGAGGUCUGAUGAAGCCCAGCGUGUUAACAUUUUGAAGACAGCCUCAGGCGACAAAAGUACUACACGUUUUUAAGAGUCAAGUCCAUAUGACUAUCCGUUGUUUAUAUGCCUUCCCUUUCAAGUUUUGGGCUUAGCUUUUUCUUGUCUAUUAAUAUUAUUAUUACCAUUACUAAUAGCGGGGGCUCCAUGACUCCCUCUGAGAAAGAAGGAGUCAUGUAAUGCCACUCUGCUCCCUAUCCCAGGAGCAGACCUUAACUGCUUCUUUUCAUUUCAGAAUGCAUUUAUGGGCCAACCUCACCUGAUUGGCUCCUGACAAGACUAACACUUCCUGUUUCACAUUCAGCCUUUUUUUUCUUAAUUUUACAGAUUGUGUUUUAUAUAUAAUUCCCAAUUACUGGAAUAAUGGUUUUUAUCUAUGAUUAAUUCUAAGGUAGUGCCUCAUUCUGUCUUUAUAUUUGUGACUGAACAACUUCCUCUUCAGUCUGGGUGAGAAUUAUGUGUUUUAUGGCUUUAUAGUGUUGCUAUUAAUAUCUUGAAACAUAAACAGAUGUGUCCUAUAAUAAUGUAAUUACUCUGCCUUGAGAAAAUCACUGCUGGGGAGCUCUUCUCCCUCUGUGAGGAUCAGUCGGAAAAUGGUGGCUUGGUGUACUGACAAUGAUGAGCAGACCAACCCAAGAUUUGGAAAAUUAAGAACAAUGAAGACAGAAUCAGUCCCGGAUCCUGGAACCACUUCUAUCUGAGAAGGAUCCACCUGCCGAACAAGUUAUAGAUAAGCUUUAGCAGAGAAUACUGGGUCAAGCACUGUGCAUUGUGAACCUACUUCUCUUGAAAGAAAUGACUGAGAUGAUGGUCCAGGACAACUAUGCAAGAGCCAACUAAGAGAUCACAACACUCAAAAGAGAGAGAAAAAAAAAAAAGAAAGAUCUUGACAACAAAGAUACACAUGAAUGCCCCACCUGUCCAGUCCUCUGAUAAACCUUGGGACAAGCAACAGGUGGACAGUCUGUCCAAAAGGACUUAAGACAGACAGUAGCUUCUCUGGUGGUUGAUCAGAAGUUCAGAUAAUAAUCAAGUUAUUGUAAUGUUUCAUCCAGCUGCAGGUAGAGCUGAGGAAGGAGAGCUAUCAUCUUGAUAAUAGGAUAAAGGGAAGGAAGCUUAGGACUCUUUCAACUUGUAUCUGAGACACAAAGAUCUAGAAUAGAAUUAGGAGGACCGAGAUGUAAAUCAUCUGCAGGCCAAUUUAGCUGGCAGGUGCCCUAGGUAGAGAUAAGCUAGCCCAGAGCAAGGAUGGUGAAUUUGUGUCUGAGGACUGCCUAUAUGUCAUUAGAAAUGAUGGGGAAACUGGGUACACAAGAGGACUAUACCAGCCCAGUAAAAAUGAGUCAGAUGACCCUGGCUCCAUUGCAGCAUCACUAAGGGAUGAAGCAGCCUCAACCCAAACCAGGAGAGAACUUUGAGAGGUCCAACCAAAGAAAUAUUUCUUCUUAUUCUACAUAAAGGAAUCUAGAAGAUUGUAGACAGCUGUACUAGCCAUGCUUGUCCUUGUAAUAUUACCAUUUGUGUGUUCUGCCCUGCUUUUGCCUUCAUUAGGCCAUAAACAUCUUAUUUCCUAACAUGUUUUGUACAGUGAGUUCUUAAUACAUUUUUCUUAAAUUGA